AUGAUAGGUGUAAACGAAGAAGUUGAUAUUGUAUACGAUAUAAUCCCAGGUAAACUUAUUAAUGAUGAUUUUUUAAAUAAAUGCUCAAAUUUAUUUUCAAAUCAUUAUGGUACCUGGAGCAAAGAAACAAAAUCCACCCACCAAAAACCAGGAGAACAUUGUAAAAUGACCGUAAAUGAAAUAAAGGAACAAUUGCUAUUUGAUAGAAAUCAUACAAUGGUUGUUACUGCCCUAAACAAAGAUAAUGAAAUGAUCGGGAGCUGCUACUCAUAUAAUUACACAUGCCAAUCUGUAGGUUGUGUAAAGCUUAUUACCCAAAUAGUUGUUAAUGAGAAUUAUCGUAACCAUAACAUUGCUCAGAAUAUGAUACUUUAUUCCAUAGGUACUGAAUGGAAUGCUGCUGGAAUAGUUUCUCCACAUCCCUAUUCUAUUUUGGCUCUGGAGAAAAUAACACAUAAAAAAUGUGACCCAAAUACCAUUAGCAAACACGCAAAAGAUUUAACCACUACUUGUCAAGUACCAUUUGUCAAAAAUCAUCUAAACCAAUUACAAUGCUCCAAUAAUAAAUCUAUGAUAAACACAGAGUUCUAUGUUGAUCAUUCCCAGGUUCUAAAAGAUUUAGAUAACCAAAAAGAUUGGAAACUAGGUAAAUUAGAAGAAGGUUGUGAAUAUUUUGCAUUUGUUUUUAAUGAUAAAACCAAAUCAGAAUGUUAA